UACUUUGGCCAUGGGCCUUCUGGAGCAGCUGGCGGUGAGACCGAACACAGAGGCCUUCUACCGGCAGCUACUGCACAGUUUCGUGAGCUACUGUGCGGACCACCACCUGGACUGGAGCACUUUGGGCCAGCUGGACUCGAUCCUGGCGGAGUACUUCACCACGCGCUACCUGGAGGGAGCCGCUGCGAACGCCGGGCCCCAGACGAUUGCAGCCGUCUCGCAUUUUACCCCAGGACUCCCGAGACAGAUGGGCACCAAGCUGCCGAGGGCCUCUCGUGCUAUGCAGGCAUGGAAGCGGCGCGCGCCCGCUUUGACCAGGCUCCCGAUCCCACGGGCUGUGAUGUUUGCCCUGUGUGGGAUGCUGAUCGCCUGGCAGCAGCCUCAGAUGGCAGCUUGGUUGGCCAUCAGCUUCUCGGCGUACCUCCGACCUGCGGAGGCACAGAGGCUGACGACCGACAGCAUCGUGCAGCCGUCGAUAGGCGCGGGCGCCGCGUAUCAGUUCUGGGGCCUCCUGCUGCACCCCGCAGACCGCGGCCAGGGCUGGAAGACGGGAUCGUUCGACGAGUCGACCCUCUUCGAUCUAGACCUGUACCUCGUGCCAGUCCUCAUGCUGAACCAGAUGUUCACUCUUGCUGCAACGGCCCUGGGCAUCAACCACCUGCGCCCCCACCUGUGCGGGAUGAGGCAUGGCGGAGUGAGCGACGACCUCUUGACGCAGAGGCGAUCGAUGGAACAGGUGUUCCGCAGGGGCCGCUGGGCCGUCACGUCGUCGAUGCGGCGCUACGCGAAGGAGACGGCUCUUCUACGCGAGCUUCAGGGCGUGGCGGAGGACGUGUACGCGCUCGGCCACCUCGUGGAGGGGCGAGUUUGCGAGCUGCUGGAGAUGGGCUUCAUCAAGAGCGGAUGCCUCGCCCAG